UUCGUAUCCACUGUGAUGCCUAUUUCAGCUGGCGGAUCACAGCACGCAUCUACCGCCCAUCGGAUGCACGUUACUCAGGCCUAGACCUAGAUAACUGAGGUAACUGAUGUGUAAUUUGAAUUAAGCAAGCUACUGGAGUGAUCAGCAAUGCAUGACAGCGAAGUACAUAGACGAAGUCAUUCUUCUUAUGACAGAAAAGAUGACAGAAUAUCAAGGAAGGAUGAACACAAAAAGAAUCACAGAAAACGCAAAAAACAUUCAAGUUCUUCAGAUUCCAGUCGAUCUUCCUCACGGAGUAGAUCUAGAAACCGAAGUAAGCACAGGAAGAAGCAGAAGCGGCAAAGAUCGAGUAGCAGCAGUUCCUCCAAUUCUAGUGGAAGUGAUAGCAGUGACAGUGAAUCAGGUAAAGAGAAGCGACAUAAACACAGUCGUAAGACACAUUCGAAGAGAAGUGAUUCCAGCAGUUCACUCGACUCCAGUACCGAUUCUUCAGACUCUUCACCAGACAGACGGAAGAAGAGGAGAAAAGAAAAAAAGAAAAAACACAAGAAAGAAAAGAAAAAGAAAUCUAAACGAAGUAAAUCUACAAAGAAUUCAGGACCAGUACAGUUAUCAAAGUUCAUGAAAGAACAGAAAGAAAAAGAAUCAGCAAGGAGUAUUAUAUCAGGAAGGAAAAUCAAAAUGAAACUAAAAAAGAGUAGUAAGGAUAUAUCGUGA